AUGCUUCCCAUCUUCUUCAGUGUCGGCUGUGCACGUCGACGCUCUCCCUCUCAAGCAACCCGCUUUGCAAUCUUUCCUCUGCGUUGUCCUGCCUUCCCACCCUCCCCCAUGCCCCGACGCCCCCAUGCCAACCGUCACCAUGCACCGUGCGCCCGCCCGCCGCAGAUGUUACCGGGCCCUCUUAGCGUCUCGUCUCGUCAUUUUCUUCACCAACGCGAAGCAGGAAGGUGCACAUGCGCUAACGCGUCGCCGCCUCCAUCAUUCAGCAGAACACCGCUCAGUGCAGGCCGACACACGCGCCCGUCACACCUCGCAGCCGUCAUGUCAGAAAGCCUUCCUGGCGUGUUGUGCUUCCUGGGACUCAUCGUCUUCUUCGUGGCGGACUUCUUCUACGCGAAGAAGCUGAACGAGCAGAAGAAUGCGCACCCGGAAUUGGAUGACUGCGCCCCGGCCACGUCGCCAGACCUCGACACGAUUGCCGUGCUCGACUCCCUCACCGCCACCGCCGUCGACCUCUACCGCCACGAGCGACAGCGCUUCACCGGGGUGGCAGCGCCCGCCAGCCCGAACGAGUACGCAGCGGUCGGCGAGAAUGGUGUGAGCGAAGAGCCGGCCGCAAACCUCGACUUUGGCGGCCAGACAGGCAAGACGGUGAUGCACACAAUUGUGGUGGUGUGCAGCAUUGCCGCGCCGAUGCUGACUGUUCUCGUGGCGCUCAUGCCCUCUCUCUUUGGGUGGACGCGCUUCGGGGUGCAUUCAUCCAUUGCCUACCUCGCCGCUGUCCCGGGCAUGGCCGCUACCGGCUUCUACGCCAUGCGCUCCUAUGAGCUGACGCAGGUGUUUGAUGUUACCAAGACGGAGUGGAUCGCGAUGAUGUGGCUCCGCCUAGACGCCAUUUUUGUCAUGUCCGCCGUCGCCUUCUUUGGUGUCGGGGCUUGGGUGGUGACCGGCUGCAUGGUGACCACGGCUAUGUACCUGGCACACCGGCUCAUGAGGAUGGAGAAGCAGCUGAACCGCGUGCAGCGGCACACGCAGCUGGUGCGCGACGAAGUGGAUGUGACGCGCGUGCUCGUGCCUGGAACGGAGGAGUCCAAGAGGGCAUCUGGUAUCAAUGACGGGUAUAGCGCGUUCUCCUCGUAG